AUGGCCAAGCAUGAUACGUCGAACAAGGAGCAAAAAUGCUGCGGCAUCGUCGAGGAGGCCCGUGAGAAGCGCGCGGCGAAGCGCAACAAGCCUCAGCCAUGGAUCGUGCUCAAGCUCACCAUCGGUCUCACGCUGGGCAUCAUAGCGUACGGGUGCUAUGUGUAUAUUGGGCGCUUCUGCGUCCCGAUGAUUAAACACAAUGACGGACCGCUGGGUGGACGGGGCAUGGGCGUUGGAUUUCUGGUGGUAUUUUGUAUCUUUACAGUUCUGAUGGUGUGGAGCUAUCUUAAGGUAAUCUUCACUUCGCCCGGUCAUGCGAAACACUAUGUGCAAAAGUCACCGCGGCCCAUGAUUGAAAAUCCUGUACCAGCAUGGUGGGACUGGGACCCAGAGAUCGGCAUGGCGUACUGGGAAGCAACCGAAGCACCCGUCAGCGUCCCGCCUCUGUCUCAGAAACAGACGGAGGGCCACCACAAUCAUACAGUAUCAUCAGCACACUCGUCGGGAGAAAGCGACGGCAGACCAAGCGGAGCUAGACGCGAAGACGACGCGAGACACACUGGCGUACUGCCUCCGGUUACUGAAACGCAUGCAGCCCGUCUGCCUAAGGCGAGAACUGAAGCUAACGGCAACGCUCAUAUGCAAUAUCAGCAUCCCCCACGAGUGCACAACAAGGAUAGCAAGGCAAAACGGAUGCCCAGGUACACGAGGAAAGUGCCGAAGACGCCCGUGCUGCUCCCGGAGCACAGAUACUGCUCUAGAGAUGGAUUCAUCAAACCCUUACGGGCGCAUCAUUGUCGGGUGUGCGGUACUUGCGUGUUGCAGUAUGACCAUCAUUGUCCAUGGAUUGGACAGUGUGUCGGAGCACGCAAUCACAAGUUCUUCAUCAACUUCCUGCAGUGGGCUUUUUUCUUCUGUGUAUGGACCUUUUCGACACUCUUGGCAGGAGUGAUCAAGGCUGGCGCCCACGGCUCCCCCGAUCCACAAGAAAUUGUAAUUGUCGCUCUGUCGGGUCUUUUCACGAUUUUCACCAUUGCACUGUUGGUCUCGCAAGUUUACCUGACGUGCCGAAACCAGACGACGGUCGAAUCGCUCGGUGUUCGGAGAAUGAAGGAACGCGAGAAGUGGGUGAUGGGCAAGCUGUUUGCCUGGUACGAGUUCGGCGCGAAACGACGUACCAGGCGAGAGUGGGACGAGGAAUGGGGGGAUCUAGAUACAGAGGGACACAUCUGGUGGCUCGGCAGCAGCCGCAAGAAUUGGGAGUCGGUCAUGGGCCAUCAUGUCUGGGAGUGGUUCCUCCCAAUAGGGAGAAGCUCCUCUGACGGCCUCUCAUAUCCGCACAACCCACGAUUUGACUCAGAAGGCCGUUGGAGACCACGGAAUGAGUGGCCUGCAGAGCUGCGGUAG